GAAAUCUCAUUGAAACAUAACAAAAACAACAACAACAACAAAAAAUGUCUAAUCCAAUCAGAUUUAUAACCCUAUCUCUCGUGAUCUUCUCGGUGUUACUAACUUCCCUAUCUCUCGGCGGCGUCACGGCGAAGGUGACGAUCCAGGACGAGGCGCAAGUGCGGCGGAUGUACGAGCGGUGGCUCGUGGAGAAUCGUAAGAACUAUAAUGGUCUUGGAGAGAAAGAGACACGGUUCCAGAUCUUCAAGGACAACUUGAGGUUCGUGGAAGAGCAUAAUUCGGUCCCGGGUCAGAGUUACGAACUCGGGUUGACCCGGUUCGCGGAUCUGACGAACGAAGAGUUUCGAGCGAUUUACUUGAGGAGGAAGAUGGAGAGGACUAGAGAUUCGGUGAAGGGUGAGAGGUAUUUGUACAAGGAAGGAGAUUCUUUGCCUGAUGAAGUCGAUUGGAGACAGAAAGGCGCCGUUGGUCCAGUCAAAAAUCAAGGAAACUGUGGAAGUUGUUGGGCGUUUUCGGCGAUUGGUGCGGUUGAAGGGAUAAACCAGAUCAAGACAGGAGAAUUGAUAUCUUUGUCGGAGCAAGAACUUGUUGAUUGUGACACGAGCUACAAUGGUGGAUGUGGUGGUGGUCUCAUGGACUAUGCUUUUCAGUUCAUUAUCAAAAACGGUGGUAUUGACACAGAGGAAGAUUACCCUUACACCGCAACUGAUGUUAACAUGUGCAAUUCCGACAAGAAGAACACACGUGUUGUUACCAUCGAUGGUUAUGAGGAUGUUCCUCAAAACGAUGAGAAGUCUUUGAAGAAAGCUCUCGCUAAUCAACCAAUUAGUGUUGCCAUUGAAGCCGGUGGCCGAGCUUUCCAGCUUUACAAAUCCGGUGUGUUUACAGGAACAUGUGGUACAGCUUUGGACCAUGGUGUUGUAGCCGUGGGAUACGGAUCAUCAAGUGGUCAAGACUAUUGGAUUAUUCGUAACUCAUGGGGAUCGAACUGGGGAGAAAGCGGAUACAUUAAGCUCGAGCGUAACAUCGAUGACUCAGCCGGGAAAUGCGGUGUGACAAUGAUGGCAUCUUACCCUACCAAAUCAUCGAGCUCGAACCCACCAAAACCGCCACCUCCUUCACCUGUUGUUUGUGACAAGUCUUACACUUGUCCAGCCAAGUCCACUUGUUGUUGUCUCUAUGAGUACAAAGGCAAAUGCUAUAGCUGGGGAUGUUGUCCGCUUGAGUCAGCUACUUGCUGCGAGGAUGGCUCUAGUUGCUGCCCUCAGUCAUACCCUGUCUGUGAUUUGAGGGCCAAUACUUGUAGAAUGAAGGGAAACAGUCCGUUCAGCGUAAGAGCUUUGACACGAGGCCCAGCGAUUGCGUCCACGAAGGCUACAAACGUGCUUGUAAGCAGCGCUUGAGGAGAGAUUAAUCGAAUAAAGAAGCGAUUUGUUUUCAACUUUUUAAUCCCAAGUUGCCAAGAUUCGUCUUUUGUCUUUAGACACUUCAAGAUUGGAUCAUAGUUUGAUUACUCUCGUUAAUUUUAAUUUGUUUAUCUUGGAUCUGAUUUGACUUGCGGUAAAUGUGUAAGAAGGAAUCAGAUAUUUACUCCAUAGCAUUAAUGUAAUCUUCCUCGAAUAAUAAAAAUUUGACUUGUAAA